AUGGAGAUGGAUUGGGAGAACUUAGAAGCAAAUCUUUUAAGUUUAAUUUUUGAUAAGCUAGUAGAACGUAUGGAUCACAUCUAUUUUAAUGUUGUAUGCAAGAAUUGGUAUUCCAUUGCAAAGUUUAACUAUCAAAGUCGACAAAUACAUAAUAAUGUAUUGCCCAUGCUUAUGAUUCCCACAAAAAAGAGGUUGGUGAGAAGUUUAUAUGGAAUUUCAUGCAAAAAAGAUUACAAAAUCAAACUGUCAGUACCUUCUAACAAGAGGCUUUGUGGUUCAAGUCAUGGUUGGCUAGCUAAGGUGGAUGAUUGUUCUAAAGGUAUCUUUAUAACACUCAUCAAUCCUUUUAAAAAUGCGGUAUCCAUCAAGUUACCACUCAUGUACAUCAUGGACAUGUAUAAAACAAGAAAAUAUUAUGAGUAUGAUGUGCAUAAGGUAGUUUUGUCUACUAAUCCUUCAUUUAAGCCACUUGAUUACAUAGUUGUAGUCAUUUAUAGUGUGCGUAGAUGUCUUGCUUUCCUAAAAGCUGGACAAAAGAAUUGGACUUAUAUUGAUGAUGCUCACCGUUCCUUCAAUGAUGUUAUAUUUUACGAAGGUCUAGUCUAUGCUGUGGGGCGGUGGAAUAACAUUGUCUCUUUUGAUUUGUCAUAUGCAAAGAAUGAUCAUAUAAUUCCCAAAGUUGUUUCUUUGAAGGGGGAUGAUUAUGCUAAUCGAGCUUAUCUUGUAAAAUCAUUGGAAGGACAGUUAUGGCUUGUAAGAAAAUUUAUUGGGUAUCACGGUGACGAAGAUGAUGAAGAUAAUAUCGAGCCUAGUGGUGGUGCAAAAAGAUUCGAAGUAUAUAAUUUAGAAUUGGAUUUCCAAACGGGUGAACUUAUACAAAGGUUAAAAAUUGAUAGUUUGGGAGACAAUGUCUUAUUCCUGGGAGAUAAUGAUUCUGUAGCCGUGUCGGCUUCAUACUUUUCUAAUUAUCUUAAAAAAGAUUCGAUUUAUUAUACAGACGAUUUUUACGACGACUCGCCACCUUAUCCUAAUGGACCAUUUGAUAUGAAGAUCUAUAAUGUAAAAGAGGAAAGUUUUAAUCAACAUUGUCCAUAUCACCCUAGGUUUAAACGAAUGCCACCCGCACUGUGGGUUAUUCCACCAUGUCAAUAG